UGUGCCUCUUUGUUCUUAAGCGGAAUCUGCAGAGUCUGGUUUUCUUGAGCUUCGUUCCCAUUUUCCAUCUUUUCCCCCUUGUAUAGGAACCGGACAAACCCUAGCCGAAUUAAGAAGCCACAGCCAUGACGAUCCGGCAGCUCUUAACCCUAGCCCGCCGGUCCCGAAACCUCACCACAUGCCAAUCACUCCGACGUCUCUCUACAUCUUCAUCCGCCGUCGCCGCCACAUCCUCCACCUCUCCGGCCACCGGUCCACCUCCUCCAGAUGCAAUGAUCUACGACCGAUUAGCCGAAGACGUUAAGCACAAAAUCAAACGGCUCGAGAAUCCCGAUUCACGAUUCCUCCAGUACAACUCCCCUCACCCAACCUUAACCGACCACACACCAAUCCUCAGCUUCCCUGAUACGCGCGUGACCACACUUCCAUCAGGCCUGCGCGUGGCUACUGAGACAAAUCUUGCUGCCAAGACAGCCACUGUAGGUGUAUUUAUUGAUGCAGGGUCACGUUUUGAGACUGAUGAGACUAAUGGAACAGCCCAUUUUCUUGAGCAUAUGAUUUUUAAGGGGACUGAAAAGCGGACGUCAUGGGAAAUGGAGGAGGAGAUUGAGAAUAUGGGUGGGCAUUUGAAUGCUUAUACUUCUAGAGAGCAAACUGCGUAUUAUGCUAAGGUUUUAGAUAAGGAUGUGCCUGUAGCUUUGGAUAUUUUGGCUGAUAUACUUCAGAAUUCCAAGUUUGAAGAGAAAAAAAUUGAACGUGAACGUGAUGUCAUCCUUAGGGAGAUGGAGGAGGUUGAAGGUCAAACAGAGGAAGUCAUCUUUGACCAUUUGCACUCAACUGCAUUCCAGUACUCACCUUUGGGUAGGACUAUUCUCGGACCUGCCCAGAAUAUAAAGACAAUCACCAGAAGUCAUCUAAAGGACUACAUAUCAACACAUUAUACUGCUCCUAGAAUGGUAAUUGUAGCUACUGGGCCUGUUAAACAUGAAGAAUUUGUUGAUCAAGUUAAGAAACAAUUUACUAAGCUUUCAACCGAUCCAACUACAGCCUCAGAAUUGGUUGCCAGAGAACCAGCAAUUUUUACAGGUUCAGAGGUUAGGGUAAUUGACGAUGACAUUCCAUUGGCGCAAUUUGCUGUGGCUUUUCAAGGGGCACCAUGGACUGAUCCAGAUACCAUUCCGCUGAUGGUAAUGCAAUCGAUGCUGGGCACUUGGAAUAAGAAUGCUGGAGGGGGGAAGCACAUGGGUUCCGGGCUUGCCCAAAGGGUUGCCAUUAAUGAACUAGCAGAGAGCAUGAUGGCUUUUAACACCAACUAUAAAGAUACUGGUCUGUUUGGUGUCUAUGCUGUUGCAAAGCCUGAUUGUUUGAGUGAUUUGUCCUACUGCAUUAUGCAAGAGAUAGUCAAAUUGUGCUAUCGUGCUUCGGAUGAUGAUGUCGUUCGUGCUUGCAAUCAGUUGAAAUCUUCUCUCAUGCUUCACAUUGAUGGAACUAGUCCUGUUGCCGAAGACAUUGGACGUCAGCUACUCACAUAUGGUAGAAGGAUUCCAGUUACGGAGCUGUUUGCAAGGAUUGAUGCUGUAGAUGCCAGUGCCAUCAAACGGGUUGCAAACAGAUUUAUAUUUGACCAGGAUGUUGCUAUAUCCGCUGUGGGUCCUAUUCAGACUCUACCUGAUUAUAACUGGUUCAGGCGCAGGACCUACAUGCUCCGUUAUUAGGUCAUUCUUUGUUUUUGGAGUUGUAUGCAUCACAAUUUUACCCAUCUCGUGCAACCACUCCCUUCUCGAAUAUAUAGGUCUUGCUUUUCUAAUUAUUCUUCUUGCAUUCUUUCUGGUUUUGUAAUGAUUUCUAGUUUCUUUCCUAUAAAAAUAAGCGGCCUAUAUUCAAUAAUUUGGUUGUUAACGUUGUGUUUUCAUAUUCCUUAAAAAUGCAAGCUUGCAAUCUAAAAUUUGUCUUUGAUUAAGGUUUGUA